AUGCACUUGUGCGGCCUUGCUCAAGCCCCUGGGAAUCCUGUGCUAGCCUGCCAGAUCAACUUGGACAAAAAUUUCGCCUUCAUCGAGUUCCGAUCUAUUGAUGAGACAACUGCGGGCAUGGCAUUUGAUGGCAUUAACUUCAUGGGACAACAGCUCAAGAUUCGGCGCCCUCGUGAUUAUCAGCCAAUUAGCGCAAGCUUUGACAUGGCCUCUAGAAUGCCUGUAUCGAACAUUGUUGUUGAUUCUCCAAACAAAAUCUUCAUUGGUGGCUUGCCCAAUUAUCUCAAUGAGGAACAGGUAUGA